AUGGCUAGCAAUUCCAAGAUGGACAACAAUUUGAGGAAGAUAAGCUCUCAGCGUCUCCCCCCUCCAAGUCUCUUCCAAGGACCCCCGUCCCAUAAUGCAUCCAAUCUUUCUCUUGCUCCAGUUCCAACUGCGGGAGUCACUCCUGGGGGCAGUCAGGCACCUCCCCUCCAGCGCAAUCGUACACCCCGGACCCCUGGAUCACUUGAUAAUCAAAAUACACUAUCACCGUUCCUGUCUCGUCCACCCUCGAAAGGCGAGGCUGAUGGCUCGGAAGCUAUCUGGCAAGAGAUGCAAACUGCCCUCUCCGAAGUCGAAUUGAGUGCGGUGAAUAGCGAACACAUUUUUGGUGAAAAGCAUUCAGAAGCACUGGAGGCUCUCCGUACAAAGCAGCUGAAGCUCGCACAGGCGUGGGUUCAAAGUGAAGCUGAUGAAGUGGUCGAUGCCAAAAGCGCAGACGAGAAAAGGGCCUCCCCGAAUGCUGGCGCCGCGGGUGAACAAACUGCAACUGAGAGUGUCUCGUAUAAUUCUCUAGACGAGGAAACUGAAAGGGAUAUCCUCCUGGCCCGGGAGCGGCGAGAAGCUAAUGACCGAUAUUUUGAUAGAGUUAACAAUGGUGUUUUGGAUGUGGUUGCCAAGCUUGAGGAAGUGGCUCAGGCCAUGCGCACUGUCAAGAGAGAAAGCAAGGAUAUCUGGAGCGACAGCGAUAGCCUUAAUACUAAUACGGCGCCGUCCACGACCAACACUAGUUGA